AUGGUGUCGGAGGUGUCCGAAGAUAUUGGUCGCGGUGUGCUGACCUCUGGAUUUCCGGGUAUGGUAGAAAGCGAGUCGAGCGAGAUCGGUUGUUUGGAGAUAGGAUAUAAUUUAGAACUCACGGAAAAUUUCGUAACAAAGGAAGAAAAGCAAACAAAGUUACUUCCUUCGUUGCGUAUGAUUUUCUGGAUAUUCGGAAUCUUUUACGUCUGGCCAGACGAGGGCUUGCAAAAGAAUGCUCUCUGGUGGUAUCGUUUUAAGGGUAUUCUGUUCCGGAUGUUCUUUAUCUAUCUGAGCAUAGCAACGCAGGUUGCUUAUAACUUCACCGUGACUUCGCGUAAGGAAUUGUUCAGUGGAGUAUUUAUACUUCUUACCCAGCUGGUGAUGAUCAUGAAGAUGGAAUUCUUCUACAAAAACUAUGCGAAAAUACAAAAACUUGUCUCUAGAUUAGAAGGAAAAUUUUACCAGCUCUGCAGUGACGAGGAAAAAGUACCAAUGGAGCGGAUGCGUAAAGAGACAACUGUAUUCUGGAUUCUGUACUCCUUCUUCUCCGAUGUGGUAAUCACAUCAUGGAUAGCGAUAGCAAUUAUAAAUACUAUCAUGAUAUUUCCAGCGUGGCCCAUUGUCGAUGACAGCACACCGUACGGGCUAUAUUUAGUGGUGAUCGUCUAUCAAUACUGUUGCAUACUGUUGAAUGCUUCAUUUAACAUUUCGUGGGACUCGCUGGUGGCUGCACUGCUUGCUCUAACGAAUGCUCACCUUCAUCGAUUACAGCUACAGCUCAUGAAGGUAGGACAUCAAUCAACAAAGAAACAAAAAGAUUUUGAAGCUGUUACGAUGAUAACAUCGAUUUCUCACGGUAAAAGUGCAAACAACGAAGUUUACAACGAUCUGGUGCAAUGCAUUAUCUUUCAUCAGGAAGUAACAGGGUUUCUUCGAGACGUAUUGCAACUUUUCAGUGGACCAAUGCUAGCACAAUUAUACUGUUCCGUGUUCAUCUUAUGCAUUACUGAAUUUCGUUUGCUAACGGACGUAACUACAUCGACAGACAUAGUGAAAGUGCUAUGCUACUUAAUAUGUCUUAUCAUUCAGGUAGUACAAUAUUGCUAUUUUGGAAAUGAAAUCCAUUACACGUCUCAAAAGGUACACCAAGCAACUGCAUUUAUGAACUACCCGGAUAUGGACGUAAGAACAAGAAAGGUUCUGAUAACCUUCCAACAACUCACCGCGCGAGGAAUCCAGUGCAGAGCGAAAAAGAUGUUUGCUAUCGAACUUAGCAUGGCGACUUUUGUCACGGUAAGCAUCAUGGAUGGCGACAAUGUCCUGUGGAUUUGA